UCCGACUCAAAAGCAGCGGCGCGCGGGGCGGAGCCGCUCCGCCCCUGCCCUGCCUCCGGCGCCUGGGCCGCUAGUCCAGCUCGCCGCCGCCGCCGCCGCCGCCAUGGCCAAGCCGCUGACGGACCAGGAGAAGCGGCGGCAGAUCAGCAUCCGCGGCAUCGUGGGCGUGGAGAACGUGGCCGAGCUCAAGAAGGGCUUCAACCGGCACCUGCACUUCACGCUGAUCAAGGACCGCAACGUGGCCACCCCCCGCGACUACUUCUUCGCGCUGGCGCACACGGUGCGCGACCACCUGGUGGGGCGCUGGAUCCGCACGCAGCAGCACUACUACGAGAAGUGCCCCAAGAGGGUUUAUUACCUCUCUUUGGAAUUUUACAUGGGCCGAACAUUACAGAACACCAUGAUCAACCUUGGCCUGCAAAAUGCCUGUGACGAGGCCAUUUACCAGCUUGGACUGGAUAUGGAAGAGCUGGAAGAAAUGGAGGAGGAUGCCGGGCUUGGCAAUGGGGGUCUUGGCAGGCUGGCCGCCUGCUUCUUGGAUUCCAUGGCAACCCUGGGACUUGCAGCCUAUGGAUAUGGCAUCCGAUACGAAUAUGGAAUCUUCAAUCAGAAGAUCCGAGAUGGAUGGCAGGUAGAGGAGGCAGAUGAUUGGCUCAGACAUGGAAACCCCUGGGAGAAGGCCCGGCCUGAGUUCAUGCUGCCCGUGCACUUCUAUGGAAAAGUAGAGCACACCGACACUGGGACCAGAUGGACCGACACCCAGGUGGUCCUGGCCCUGCCAUAUGACACCCCAGUGCCUGGGUAUAUGAAUAACACCGUCAACACCAUGCGCCUCUGGUCCGCGCGGGCGCCGAAUGACUUUAACCUCAGAGACUUUAACGUUGGAGACUACAUUCAGGCUGUGCUGGACCGAAAUCUGGCCGAGAACAUCUCCCGGGUCCUCUAUCCCAAUGAUAAUUUUUUUGAAGGGAAGGAGCUGAGAUUGAAGCAGGAGUACUUUGUGGUGGCUGCUACCUUGCAAGAUGUCAUCCGACGUUUCAAAGCCUCCAAGUUCGGCUCCACGGAUAGUGCCAAAACUGCGUUCGAUGCCUUUCCAGACCAGGUUGCCAUCCAGCUGAAUGACACACACCCCGCACUCGCCAUCCCUGAGCUGAUGAGGAUUUUUGUGGAUAUUGAAAAACUGCCCUGGUCCAAGGCCUGGGAGAUCACCCAGAAGACCUUUGCAUACACCAACCACACGGUGCUCCCAGAGGCUCUGGAGCGCUGGUCCGUAGAGCUGGUGGAAAAUUUGCUUCCUCGACAUUUGCAAAUCAUUUAUGAGAUAAAUCAGAAGCAUUUAGAUAGAAUUGCGGCCUUGUUUCCUAAAGAUGUCGACCGUCUGAGAAGAAUGUCUCUGAUUGAAGAGGAAGGAGGCAAAAGGAUCAACAUGGCCCAUCUCUGCAUUGUGGGCUCCCAUGCUGUGAAUGGCGUGGCUAAAAUUCACUCUGACAUUGUGAAGACCCAAGUGAUCCUGCUCUUUCAAAUUCAGCGAUGUGUCUCUUCCGACUCCAGAUUCAAGGACUUCAGUGAGCUAGAACCAGACAAAUUUCAGAAUAAAACCAAUGGGAUCACUCCAAGGCGCUGGCUCUUAGUCUGCAACCCAGGGCUGGCAGAGUUAAUAGCGGAGAAAAUCGGGGAAGACUACGUGAAAAACUUGAGCCAGCUGACGAAGCUGCAGGGCUUCCUGGACGAUGACGUCUUCCUCCGAGAAAUCGCCAACGUGAAGCAGGAGAACAAGCUCAAGUUUUCCCAGUUCCUGGAGAAGGAGUACAAAGUGAAGAUCAACCCCUCCUCCAUGUUCGACGUGCACGUGAAGCGCAUCCACGAGUACAAGCGGCAGCUCCUGAACUGCCUGCACGUGGUCACCAUGUACAACCGCAUUAAGAAGGACCCCAGGAAGUUAUUCGUGCCCAGAACAGUCAUAAUCGGUGGCAAAGCUGCCCCAGGAUAUCACAUGGCCAAAAUGAUCAUAAAGCUCAUCACCUCAGUGGCAGAUGUGGUGAACAAUGACCCUGUGGUUGGAAGCAAGUUGAAAGUCAUCUUCUUGGAGAACUACAGAGUGUCUCUUGCUGAAAAAGUCAUUCCAGCUACAGAUCUGUCGGAGCAGAUCUCCACUGCAGGCACUGAAGCCUCAGGGACAGGCAAUAUGAAAUUCAUGCUGAAUGGGGCCCUGACCAUCGGGACCAUGGAUGGAGCCAAUGUGGAAAUGGCAGAGGAAGCUGGGGAAGAGAACCUGUUCAUCUUUGGCAUGAGAGUAGAUGAUGUGGCCGCUUUGGACAAGAAAGGGUAUGAGGCAAAAGAAUAUUACGAGGCACUUCCAGAGCUGAAGCUGGCCAUUGACCAAAUUGACAAUGGCUUCUUCUCUCCCAAGCAGCCCGACCUCUUCAAAGACUUAGUCAACAUGCUAUUUUAUAACGACAGGUUUAAAGUCUUUGCAGACUAUGAAGCCUAUGUCAAGUGUCAAGAAAAAGCCAGCCAGCUGUACAUGAAUCCAAAGGCCUGGAACACAAUGGUACUCAAAAAUAUAGCUGCUGCAGGGAAAUUCUCUAGUGACCGAACAAUUAAGGAAUAUGCCAGGGACAUCUGGAACAUGGAGCCUUCAGAUCUCAAGAUUUCCCUAUCCAGUGAAUCUAGCAAUGGGGUGAACAAAGCCAAUGGAAACAGUGAAUGAAAAACCAUCAGAUCCCCACUCUUCUGGCUGGGUGUUAGGAAGAAAUGAGCCAAUGAAAGAAAAAUCCCCACUUCUGACGUGACAUCCCUGACCAGAGCAUUUUCGAAGAUAGCUGUUAUCACUGGUACUUCGCAAAUGAGGAGACUGAAAGUUUAAGUAACCUGCCCCAUGCCACAGAGUCAAUGAAUGACCAAGUCACGUGUACCCAGGUCUGUCUGACCCCAGAGUUCUAUGAAGAUCUCCAAUGAGCUGUCAACGAUCCUGCUCAAGGCACUUCUGUGAGAAGCACUGCGGGAAGAGAACAGAGUGACCAGAUCCCUCGGAGCAUCAAUAAUGCACAGCAGCUUCUUUUAACUAGGGGUUGUCAAUUUGACUUCCCCUAGAUCAGCAGAGGAUCAAAAGUCACCAGUGGUUAAUAGACCUUAUUCGAGUGGAGGAUGCAAUUUCAGCCCAGUCCCUGCCAAUGGCCAGCCACAUCAAACAGCCACCUUGAUGUCUUGGUGUUCUUUCACCUGCUCUUUGAUCAGCCGCCGCUCUACCUGCACAGCAUCCCGCAGGGGCCACAGAACUAACUGGAACAUUCUUACCUUGGAACCUAAGUGGCUCCAGGGCCAAUCAUUCAUGUUCAUGCUCAGAGGCACCAGCUUUGGGAAGCCCAGCUCUAACCCAUAUGGCAAGACAGCUAUUCCAAAUACUAAGACACACCACACAUCCAUCCUAGGCGCCCAUUCAUUUGGCCAACAUGUAUUGAUCACCGAGCACCUAAAUUACAUCUAUGUUCUCCUCCCUUCUUUCCUCCCCACCAAAUCCUCCCCUUCCUUCACAUCCACUCAAGUGUUCCUUCUUUGUUAAAGCCUCUCUAUACAGAUCUUCCACAGUGACCUUUCCUGUCUUUUCACCCCUCCCACUCAUUAUAAUCGGGCCUCGGUUUGACCCUUAAUUGUUCUCUGGGGGUUUUCCCACUAUUCGUCCUGGUUUCCCACUGAGAAGAACCACAUGGCAUCUAGUGCACUCUGUCUAGCACAGGACUGAGCACUGAAAGCAAAGUGCAUUUGUUUCUUGAGGGAGAAGGAAGCAGUGCUUAUUGGCAGCUUUGGGGAAGAGGGGAAGGGCUUCAUAUUCUCUUUUGAAUUAUAAUUGAAAAUUAAUUGUGAGCUCCACAAGAGUAGGGCUUUGUGCCCAGGCCUAAACUAGUACCUGAAAGGUAGGCGAUGACCAGUACUGUGGAAAGAAUGAGUCAGUUUAUCAGCCUGCUCAUGGGGGUUUCCUUAACACUAUCCAGAAAUGUAAAGACUUGGGGUGAAUGGGGAGCAAUGAAGAGGUAAGAAGCCCACUGGCUUCCCCCAGCUGCUUUCCCGAGCACAUUUUCCAUGUUUCUAGUUCAAAGAAAACCAGUGGCGAGUGAAGAUUGGCACUCCCAGGCCCAUCUAUCUUAAGUAGCAACGACAGCAGAUGAAAUUUUUGCAAAAUAAACAAAUAGAUCCCCAGGCAUUAAAAAAUAAUCACUGAAAACAUGUUUUGAUGAAUUGUUCUCCUUGAGUCACACAACACAUCACCAUAGAUCCCUGCUACAGCUCCAGACGCACAGGCAGCCCUCUGUGGAUGUUUGCGGUUCGAAGCUAACUUGGUUCCAAGAAACAAAAGGAUUCAGGAUCCUGGAUCUCGGUCUGUGCUUCCGCCUCAGCGUGUCUUAAAUUAGAGCAGUAAUUCUUGGUUCAGAUGAAGAAAUGUGCUUGUAUUUUAUUCUUUCAGGAAGCAUCUCUUGAGACGUAUUUUUUAGUAAUUAGUAAGGCAAGUAAGAGAGGGUCCCCAACUCCCCACGUCCCACUCCAUUAUCAACAAAGCGGGUUGUUCUCUAAAAGCAUGAAGUGCAGCUUUGUUUCUCUGCCAAAUAAAUGUUAAAUAUCAGCUAUCAACUCUAGAGAGAGCACAAAAGAUAAAGGCAGAACAUGUCAGCUUCCCCAGAACAACCAUAUCCGAGGAGGUAAGGCCCAGGAAUGUGCGGUUGAAAAGUGCGGUCAAUCAGGAUAUUCUGACUCUCGUUCAGAUCCAACACAGAAGGGGGGUGUGGGUCUACACUGCUGGGCCAGGCGAAAACUGCUCUCUGCUCUUUGCCCUGAGCUACAGAAGGAAUAGAAGAGAGAAGACGGGGUUUUGUCUUCAUCACUCCAACAUUCCAAAGUGAAGUCUCCUGUGUCUGGCUGGGACUCUUGGAUAUUUUGUACUCAGCGAGAAACAAAACAAAGGAAUAUAAAGAAGAAAGGUGAACAAAAGUGCCAACACCUUCCCACCCCAACAAAACAAGAUACCUGAGUCUUCUGAGUCCAGGGUCUCUAACCAAUACCUGGCUUCAACGCAAAUGAGACUGGCAAUAUAUUGCUGGUCAGUUCAGGUAGUUUAACAUUACCAUUUAAGCCAAGGAUUUAAAAUAGGAGCCAGAGGGGUCCCUGGGUGGCUCAGUUGGUUAGGUGUCUGACUCUUGAUUUCCACUCAGGUCUUGAUCUCAGGGUCAUGAGUUCAAGCCCAGGGUUGGGUGAGGAGUCUACUUUAAAAAGAAAAAAAAGAAGAAGAAGAAAAUUUAAAAACCCUCUGAUAUAGACAUUUCAGAGUUAAAGGAUAUAAAAACUUGGCACCCGUAUGGUUUCAAUGCACUAUACAUUUUUUAGCAUUAUGGAGGGAUGUUCUUUAAAUACAUCCAAGAGAGUUUACCCUGGGGUAGCUGGCCUUGGGAUCCUUUUCCACCUACACAGAUAGGCCUUUGACCUAAGAGGAUGCCAUCUAAUAAAGAGUACAAGGUAGAUUAGUAUUAUUGGUCUUUAAAAUCCAUCCUGAAUUUUAGUAAAAUGGUGAAGGCAGGUAAGAGCUUGGUAUAGGAACCUGAGACAUCUUUCUGGAAAUCUCUAUUUUAGAAGCCCCAAGGGGAUGCAAGUUCCUGAAAGAUCAAACCCGAGAAGCAGAGGCUCGCUGGCCGGGGUAGGCGCCGAGGCUAAGGAUAACGCGGUCCAAAGGGCUCGCAGAGCUUUGGGGGCCUCCGAAGUGCCCCGCCCGGACCACCGUGGGGCGCCUGAUGCGCCCUGCCCUCCCCCGGGGUUCGGGGCGGGGUGGCGGGGGGAACGACAGGGCGCUGGGCCUCGGGCCACGAGCACUCACCGCAGGUUCCGCACCACCAUGUCCCACCAGGAUGCCACACAGUCCUGCGCGUCCAUCUCCAUCCCGCGCAGUGUGGCGAACAGCCACCGGGGAGCCGCGGCCGGGAGACCGAGCCGCCCCCGCGGACGCCCGGCCCGCCCUCCUCCCCCGCGCGGGGCCCUGCGGGCGGCGGGCUGCACCCGGGCUUCGGCGCCCCGCCACCAGCCCCCCACAUCUGUGCGGGAGGAGCCAGUUUCCCACGCUUGUGGCUAGCUGCGCACGAUUUUCCUUUCUACUUGAUUCUAUACCUGUGUGUUUGUGUGUGCGCGCCCCGCGUGAUGAACUGAAAUAGAUUUCUCACUGUGCUAGAAAUAAAACAGAAGUCUGGUAUGACAGCCUCAGAAGAUCUGCAUGAGGAAUAUAAGCUUUCCUCUACUUUGACCGUCUUUUUUUUUCUUUGUCCUUUCUAUUUUUCCCUUUUUCUGAAGCUUAUCCAUCUCCAGCACCCACCCUCCCUCCCCCUCUCUCUCUUUCUGCCCCCGCCCCCCGCCGUUGAGUAAUGGUUUAUCCGUCCACAGGGUUAUGAACUACACAAUUAACACCAAAAUUAACACCUUUUUGGCAUUUGGUUUAUUUAGCAACAUCUAACAGAAACCCCCCUUGUAUCAAGAAGCUCACACCUUGAAAGGUUUGGCCUGGAUACAGGCUUACAUAAUGCAUCCUCACCCAGGGGAGCCACACAGCAGAGUAUGAGGGCAGAGGCGGAAGGAAGGAAUGAGGUCUCCGUCAGAUACAAUUUGAUGCCAGCAUCCAGACUUUAUCUUGGAGGCAAGUGCAACCUCUCCAAGAGGGAAUAAUGUGGUUUUUUGUGGUGCGAGUGCUCUGGAUCAAUGGGGAGGAGGGAGGACAGCCAAGCCACAGAAAGUGCCUAGGGACCCACCUGCUUGGGGCUGGUAGGCCAGUCUGGAGAAGAGCACCCACACCUUUCAAGGAAGGGCAGUUCUCUUCAAGGACCAGGCCAUUUCCCAAAACUAGUCAGACAAGGGUGAAUCUCAUUCACUGCCUCUUGUAAUCAUUCUGGGGAUGUCAAUUUUCUGAUUCAUAUCAAGAUAGAAGAGGAAUCACAUCUGAAGGACACAAGGGAACUGAGCCUGCCUGAUGAGCCAGCAGCAGGUGGGUUUUCUCAGGGCCACACCCUGCAUGAUGAGGAAGGUUAAGGUACUCAAGCUGAUACAAGAUUCCACCCAGGAGGUGUUCACAAGAUGGGUCUGGAAUCCCAUAGAACUUGUUUAGGGAAGCUCCGGAAGAGACCCUGGGCCAUGCCCUGUGGAGAUGAAGUGAUCGGAGCUGGGGAGCAGUGGGGGAGGACUAAGCAGCAGCUGCAUUUGGUCCCAGAUUCUAUCCCCACUUGUUUAUUCAGGUGGGUAGAAUCAAACAUUCAAACGAAAUGUUUGAAAUGCUCAGCAAAAUCUCUGAAGUUGGAAAUCACGAUGCCCCCCCCCUUUUUUUUUAAAGACUCUAUAUUCGGGCACCUGGGUGGCUCAGUUGGUUAAGCGUCUGCCUUCAGCUCAGGUCAUGAUCUCAGGGUCCUGGGAUGAGCCCCGAAUCAGGCUCCCUGCUCAGUGGGGAGUCUGUUUCUCCCUCUCCUUCUGCCUCUCCCACUGCUUGUGCUCUCUCUCAAAUGAAUAAAUAAAAUCUUAAAAAAUAAUAAUAAUAAAAUAAAAGACUAUAAAUUAGGAACUCUCUGAGAAAGCUUUCCCCAACAUUAAUAGCCCUUUUUCAAAUAGCACAUCCUAGAAAUCAGAGAGCAGUCUCUGAUUUGAUUUGGCAGAAUCUAGAACACAAACGAUUCAUUCAUUUACUCAGCAUCUAUUUACUGAGCAACUUUUAAGGUGCCAACUACCAUGUUGGGUACAAAGCAGGAUCCCAGGGUCCUGGGAUCCAGCCCCGCAUCGGGCUCCCUGCUCAGAGGGGAGUCUGCUUCUCCCUCUCCCACUCCCCCUGCCUGUGUUCCCUCUCUUGCUGCCUCUCUCUCUGUCAAAUAAAUA